AUGCCCGUUACUGAACAGGGACUCCGCGAGAGGAUACAAUCAGCCAUACCGCACGUUUACCAUAUCAUCGUGACGGAUCUCUCAUACGGUUGUGGUCAAUCGUUUGAUAUUGUGGUGGUCAGCGACUUCUUUCAAGGUAAAAACAAACUAAUGAGGAGCCGUGCGGUGAACAAAGCAGUUAAGGAAGAGCUGCAAGAGAUUCACGCAUUUAGUUGCAAGUGCUACACUGAGGAGGAGUGGUCUAAGAUUGUAGUUUGA